GGAAGUUGGCGAAAAAAAUAUUUAAGCAGUAGUUGAGUUCGCAGCUAGUGAUCCAAAUGUUAAAAAAGAUAUUGAUUUGAUUCCUAGCAAAUGGAUCACGGAAGAAAGUGAUGGAUUUUCAUGCCGAUAUCCACCACCUAACGAUUAUUGCAAGCUGGAAAAAUAUGCACGUGAAUUACGUGAUGCAAAAAAAAGUUGGUCAACAUACACCAUCAAAAUUCUGAGUUACGCAGAUGAAUCACGGAAUAUAAAUAACAAUAUAUUGGGGCCAAUUCAUGAAAGUGAUGAAGUAUUUGAUUUCUAAUCUUUGAAGGUCUACUUGGACAAAAAGCUACGUGAUUUAGAUGAUUCAAUAAAACGUAAUCUAUUUAGCUUGCAAUAUGAUUUGAAAAAAAAUUUUGAUGAAUUAAAAAAUACGUUGUUGGCUAAUAAUCUACCUGGAACUCCUCAACUUAGCCUAUCUGAUGCGAAAAUGAAAUUAGAUGUGAAAUUACCCUUUACAGAUCUGGAAAAUUUUAAGAAAUUUGAUGACGACGUAAAAGAGUCAAAUUCAAAAAAAGAAGCAUUGAUGGUACUUCGUGUUUUAAUUUAUGGACAGACUACUGCUAGAGGAUGUAUAUGCAAAAUGGCAUCUGCUUUAUUGACUAAAAGUGUUGAAUCACACUACUCAGGGACAGGAAAAAUAGUCAAAGGAGUUGGAAAACUCUACUUCAGUAGUACGGAAACUUAUAAAUGCAUGGCAGAUGUAGUUACCGAAAAACUUGGUGAUUCUGAGGAAUGCAAAAAUUUUGCCGGAAAAGUUGGGAAAUGUCUGGUUGUAAUGACCGAGAGCAUGGACGAAAAGAAAGAUCUCUCUCGGCCACGGACGUAUAUAUAGAUGGACAAGUAAUAUAAGUAGGCGUUUUAUACAAAAAUGCAAACUGUAUGUAAGUCGCCACGAUGUACCUUUCAAGGUCAAAUUUAGAUAUGUUUGGAUUUUAUUAGGUGGUAACAUAAGAAUUUU